AUGGAAAACCAGCCUGCAUUAAUCACUCAUACAUAUCUAUAAAUACGAACAGACAAAAGCCCCCAAAACACACAUUGGGCAUAAGAAACCCUCCAUCAACUGUCAACAAUGGCGAACUUCCUUACCAGAAGCAGAACAAGAUCAUCAUCAUCAUCAUCAAGAACCAGGACAACCAGAAGAACAAAGAAGAAACUAUCAGAUUCGGAGAACUCGACGAUGGGUCAGUGCAAGAAACAUCCCAAGCACAGGCAAUCUCCUGGAGUUUGUUCCCUCUGUCUGAACGAGAAGCUCUCGAAGUUGUCCCUCGAUUACUACGACUACACAUCUUCGUCUAGAGACCCUGAAACGGUGUCGUCUUGUUCGUCCUCUGUUUCCUCCUCGUCGGGUUCUUCCUAUCACUCUUCCGUGUCGUCGUGUUUGUCUCCUCUUCAUCAUCGCUACAGCGUAAUCGUCUCGAAAAAGAAGGAUGGCAAGAGACAGGGGUUCUUGUCAAGAUUAUUGCUUGGAUGAAGGAAGACGAACAGGAAACGAUAGAAUAGUUGAAGAGACACCCGAAUCCCAUUUGAUUACGUACGCAGAAGAAACUUAUAUUCUUUAAUUUUGUUAAUAAAGGUAAUCUCUUUUUUAUUUUUUGCCGCAAGAUCAAUUAACAGUUUGUAUGUGGAUCCAACACCACCAAAGAGUCGACGCUAACGGCUUCAUUUUUUCAAUGAUUUCGCAAUUGUUUGUAUUCAUUUGGGCAGAAAGAUCAAUUA